AGACACAGGCAUAGUGUGCUCUCUCCCUGCGAAGGAGUGACCAACAAGUCACACAGAUUUCAGCUAGAAGGUGGCAGCGCAGGUGCAAUCGGUGCUUUCACUGGAACACCUUUUCCAUCUACUCCACGGCGUGGCCGCGCAGAUGCGAGGGGAAGAGGGUCUACACCUGUAAUUCUUAGCCGCCCUACUGCCAUUCACAUUCCCUCCAGCUGCAAGUAUUUACUGCCCAUGGCUAUUUUAAGGGUCUGUAAUUACUCUGGAAUCAGUAAACCAUGGCGUCAAAGAAAUUUGCUGUUAAAUGUGGGAAUUUUGCUGUCCUGGUGGAUCUUCACAUAUUGCCGCAAGGUUCAAACAAAGAUACCAGCUGGUUUUCUGAACAGAAGAAAGAGGAAGUCUGUUUACUGUUAAAAGAAACCAUUGAUUCAAGAGUUAAGGAGUACUUGGAAGUUCGUAAACAGCACAGGCCAUCAAAUACAGAAUUCACAAGAUCCAGUCCCUUGACCUUAAAAGGUUAUGGCUUUCAAAUCACAGCCUAUUUCCUCAAGAGAGGGAUACGCCUCCACUGUUUCAGAAGUUCACAGAAUACUGAGCUCCGUGUAUUUCCUGACAGAUUUGUGGUCUGUGUAAGUCAACUUUCAUUCAGUAGUGAUCUUAUGGCAAGUCAGAAUGAAGAACUGACAGAAGGAGCUCUCCACGGAGCGUCUGAUUAUCUUGCUGAGUGUGCCGAGAGUCCACUUCCUCCCAGUGCAAAGCGCAAGAGAAAUGCUCUGAAAGAAAUUGUGAGAAGAACUGAAACAAAAAGCAGCGUUGUGAGCAAAUCACGGAGCAGCCGGGACAUUGGGGGAACAGCUAGUGACCCAGUGAUUGCAGAGAUAGCGAGGAGGAGGGGUGACAGUCAGGCUUCAGCCAGUCCCCCAUCAGAGUCCACAGGACAAGCAGAAGAUAACAUAAAGGCAGCUGAGAGCCACUGGGGGCUUCCUGUUCAAAAGCUGGAAAAUGUUCAUCAGACCCAGCCAGAAGACGCUAGCAGCCAGCAAAAACCUCAUCAUGGGGAGUGGUCAGAGACAGGGCUUCUAAGCAGGAGCCCCGUCUUUAGCUGUGAGUCAGCAUUGCCAGGUCCAAAACAAAGUCCACAAGGGGCCAGAACACAACAGAAACGCAGGAACCUCGGCUCUGCGGAAGACGUCGACCACCACAAGAGAGUUUCUCUUGGAAGUGAUCGAUUAGUCCCAAGAGAAAUAAUAGGGGAAAAAAGCAAAGCUGUCAGGGUUUUGCCAACUUCAGAGCUGUCGGAUCCGGGGUUACUUUUGAAACAAGGUUUGGCAAAAACGGCGUCUAAUGAAGAGUUGCAUGUUUUGGAAAAUCUCUCCUCUGGACAUCUUACGAAAAAUAAGCUAGGGCAGGCACAGCAAACUGGCUCAGCCACAAACACUGAAAGAUUAUCUGCACUCCAGGGCAGUCCAACCAAGAAAAGAAAGAAGCAUGAAAGAGGCCACUAACUUACUAAAGGGGAUUGCAGAGAUGUAGUUGGGUCUAUAGUGGCUGAAGAUGUGGAAAGAGAGGGGUCUGUGUAGAUGCUGUGAUUUUAAAGGAAUUAGAAUGAUUAUUUUGUACCGAAAAUGUGUAUCUGUGUUAGUGUUAGUUUUCAAUGCAUUCAUCUUCAGGAGGCUAUAUGAUUUUUCUAACAAUGUUGCUACUUUCUCAUACUUUAUAACUGUCUUCAGAAAGUUAUUUUAGUGGGAAAUGGCCAUUCACCUUGUCAAGGAUGAUCCCAUUCUUGAAGGACCUGCCUGAAGAAACCAACCAUGUGCUUUCUUGGCCCAUCACUGUGCACACCGUAUGAUGGGCUAUAUGAAGACAGGUCCAUAGUGCAAUAUCUAGGGGUACAAUUUCUCCUCCUGUUCCUCAGCCUGAAUUGAACAGAAGUGAAGGAACAGGCUAGCCGUCUUCAACAUCUGGUUCUGGGCCCAGCAUCACUGUCUAAAAAUAUGUUAGAAAGGCCCAUCUUGGACCCCACCCCAGGCCUACUGAAUGAGAAACCCUGGGUGAUUCUGAAACAUGCUCAAGUUUGAGAACCACUGGACUAAUUGGAGACUCCCUAGUGUUUCUUUCCUCAAUACUGGCUACCAUGGCCUCCACCUCAUCAGCUGGGGCCCACAUGUGGACAUGCACACCCUUGUGCUCCCUCAAACUUGUAAAACACCUGGGUUCAGCCUAUGAGCAGCUCUGUUCCCAGGUUCUCUACAGCACUGUGGCCGCUGCACCCACAAAACUGUUAAUUACCCUAAAAUUACUAGAAGUUUAUGGCUAAUUUGACCUUGCAUUAGAGGAAGAGAGUAGAGGGACAGGCUUGCUCUUGCUUGUAGCUCAGGCGUGUCCCUGCCCCUGCACUUGCCCCCACCUCUGAGAUUUUGGUUAGGUUCAGGAAGGAUUCGAACCCAAGGAGAGCUCAGUGGCCAGAGUUUCCGGUUUCCCAUUUGGAAGGCAUCACAGGCAGUUUCAGUUUCAAAACAGGAGCCUUCCGUUUGCACUGUCACCCACUAAUGUCUCCAGUGGGCUUGCUGAAAUGUCAGAGUGAAUCAUAGCAAUGACUUAUUUUGGAUGGACACCUACUAAAGAUUUUGUUAACCCAGUUUCAUUCUAAAAUAGGGGAAAAAAACAUAUUCACAGGCCACCCAUCAAAUACAUCUUUUUUUCUACUCAACAUUGUGUGGUCCUUUGAAGUAGCACCUCCCUAGUAACAAGGAAAAUCAAGUAUAUUCCCAGAGUGUUGGAGUUAGCAGAAAAAUAACCCAGAAAAAGCCUAAUGUAAUAAAAGAAUAUGGAAACAGACACAGUGUUGGUGGUUUGUGCUUAAGACUAAUUAUGGUUACUCCUAGCUCAUUCUGUGCUUCCCCAUGUCUCUUUUCCCACUUGUGUUGUAGGGUAUUACUCAUUAAGAGGCAGCCAUAUUUCAUGGCACCAUCUUGGGUCAUGAAGUUCAGUGUUGGUCACUAUACUUGGCCAUGAAUGUAGAUCCUAUUCCUUUGAUAUUCCCCACCUUGCCUGGAAACCUGUUCCCUUCAUGUGGUCCCAGCCUCAUGACCUUCACUCACUGGGAACGUGGCCCCAUGCACUGCUGUCCUUUCCUCUUCCCAUCCCUAGGUUUUUUUUCCUGCUCUUAGCUGAUUCCAAGCAAAGCAUUCUGUGGGAAAAGAGGGAACCCAACAGGAUACUAACCACAGUGGAGCAGAUUGUGCUCAUCCAGU